AUGGGUGAGGAGAACAAGGAAGAAGGAAAGAAAGAAGAAAGCAAAGAGGAAAAGAAGGAAGAAGAGAAAAAGGGAGAAGAAAAGAAAGAUGAAGAACAACCUCCUCAAGAGAUAGUACUCAAAGUUGAUAUGCAUUGUGAAGCUUGUGCAAGGAAAGUUGCAAAAGCAUUGAAAGGAUUUGAAGGUGUGGAGGAGGUGAGUGCAAAUAGUAAGAGCAGCAAAGUGGUAGUGAAAGGAAAGGCAGCAGACCCCAUGAAAGUACUCAAAAGACUACAAAAGAAAAGUGGUAAGAAAGUGGAACUUAUUUCACCUUUGCCUAAACCUCAAGAAGAGAAAAAAGAAGAAGAAGAAAUCAAAAAAACACCAAAGGCAGAAGAGAAGAAAGAUGAGCAGGGUCCUACGGUGGUAACAAUAGUUCUUAAAAUAAGAAUGCAUUGUGAUGCAUGUGCUCAAGUUAUACAGAAGAGAAUCCGUAAGAUAAAAGGAGUAGAAUCAGUGGAAACAGAUUUAGGAAAUGAUGAAGCCAUAGUAAAAGGUGUAAUCGAUCCAGCAAAGCUUGUUGAUGAAGUAUACAAGAGAACGAAAAAGCAAGCUUCAAUAGUGAAAGAGGAGGAAGAAAAGAAGGAAGAAGAGAAGAAAGAAGAGGAGAAAAAGGAAGAGAAAAAAGAAGGAGAAGAAGAGAAAAAAGAGAGUGAAGAAGAAAACAAGGAAGAAGAAGAUGAUAAUAAAAGUGAAAUCAAGCGUAGUGAAUAUUGGCCAUCAAAAGAUUAUAUUGAUUAUGCUUAUGCACCUGAGAUUUUCAGUGAUGAAAAUCCAAAUGCUUGUUCUAUUAUGUAG